AUGGUUUCUGAUUCAGUUGAAGAAAAGUCCAGAGAUGGACCCGAGGGGUAUCAACCUUCUUACGAGGGCUUCGAUCAACAGGCUGAGAAAGAAAAAUCCAUUGGCGUCCGCAAGGUCGAGAUCUAUUCUUCUCAGUAUAAACUCGUUGGUAAGAUUUUUGUGUUUUUCUCAGUUUUCCUCGUCUCUUAUGCAUAUGGUUUAGACUCAAAUAUCCGUUAUGUAUACCAAGCCACUGCCACUUCUUCAUAUGCCGAGCAUUCUUUGUUGUCUACAGUAAACGUCAUUAAAGCCGUCAUUGGUGCUGCUGGUCAACCUGUAUAUGCUAGACUUUCCGAUGUGUUUGGUCGUUUGGAAUUGUUCAUCGCCGCUAUUUUGUUUUAUGUUGUGGGUACUAUUAUCGAGUCCCAGGCUUACGAUGUUCAGAGAUUCGCUGGUGGUGCCAUUCUGUUCCAAGUUGGCUACACUGGUAUUGUGUUGCUUAUGGAACUUAUUGUUGCCGAUUUCUCGUUCUUGAACUGGCGUCUUGUAGCCUCUUUUGUUCCUGCUCUGCCUUUUAUUAUCAACACCUGGAUCAGUGGUAACAUCACUGGUGAUAUGGGUUUAAGAUGGUCUUGGGGUAUUGGUAUGUGGGCAAUUAUCUUUCCCGUUGCUUCUAUUCCUUUGUUGAUUUGUUUGAUUCACAUGAGAUACAGAGCUCACAAGUCUGGUCAAAUGGACGCCAUCAAGGCUGAAGAAACCGAUUUCCAACGUCUGGGCUUCUGGGGAUUCAUGAAACACCUCUUCUGGCAAUUAGAUGUUGUAGGAAUUAUUCUCUUGAUUGCCGUAUUCGCUCUUAUUCUAGUACCAUUCACUAUUGCCGGUGGUGUCGAAGAAGAAUGGAAAAAGGCCAAGAUUAUUGCCCCUCUUGUGAUUGGAUUCUGCUGUAUCCCUGUUUUUGCCGUCUGGGAAUUCAAGUACGCUCCUAUUCCUCUUGUCCCUAUGAAGCAUUUGAGAAACAGAACUGUCUACUCUGCCGUUUGUAUCGCUGUGCUCAUCAACUUUAUCUGGUAUAUGCAGGGUGAUUAUAUGUACACUGUGCUGGUCGUCGCUGUCAACCAAAGUACCACCAGUGCCAACAGAAUCACGUCUCUUUACUCUUUCGUGUCGGUCAUUACCGGUACCAUUCUCGGUUUGAUUGUUGCUCGUCUCAGAUACUUGAAGGGUUUCAUCGUCUUUGGUACCUGCAUGUGGUUGCUUUCAAUGGGUCUUCUCAUUCACUACAGAGGAGGCACCGAUUCCAAGUCCGGUAUCAUUGGCAGUAUGUGUGUUCUUGGUUUCGGUGCUGGUCUAUUUACAUACCCUGUCCAAGUCAUGAUCCAAGCUAGUGUCAAGCAUGAACAUAUGGCCAUUAUCACCUCCUUGUACUUGGCCAGUUACAACAUCGGAAGUGCUCUUGGUGGCUCUGUUUCUGGUGCCAUCUGGACCCAAAUUCUUCCCAAGGAACUCAGCAAGAGACUCUCUGACCCCGCUCUUGUUACUGCUGCUUACGGUAGUCCAUUCACCUUCAUCAUCAGCUAUCCCUGGGGCACCCCCGAGCGUAUGGCCGUCGUUGAAGCCUACAAGCACGUACAAAAGAUCUUACUCAUUGUUGGAACCUGCUUGUGUGUUCCCCUCAUUUUCUUCGCCCUCAUUAUUGAUAACUACAAGCUUGAGUCUGUCCAAUCUCUUCCUGGAGCUGAAAAAGACGGUGAAUCCGAGUCGCUCUCCAGUUAA